AUGACGGUUAUUUUGGGCUGGGAUUCUGGGAUACAUAUAAUUUCCAACGUACACGUGGCCUCUUCAUUUCUGUUCUCCUGGAUGGUUGAUAUGGGAAUGCGGAAACAAGUUGCCAAGGGUCUUUACACUGCAGAAAAAACACAACCCCAGCCCAACGGCCACUAUACCCCCAUCGUGCUGCCCACCAAUGCCCCUCAGCGGGGCAACACGCGCAUGACGCAUAAACCUAUCCAAAGAACUUCGAACGACUCUCAGACUCUCAUGUGGCGACAGAUGUACAUCUAUAGAGCCGCCCCUCAGCGGCCGUUUGCCACAAGCCUGCCGCUGGCAGAGCCUGGCGCGGAGGUGUCUGCGAUUGACCGGAGAAGAAGGGAAAGGGAAACUUACUAAUCCAUGAUUGAUUUUUUUUCAGAACUAGCCAGAGACACAAUGGCUUUCAAGCUAAAUUGCGUUCCCCAAUCCGCUUCGAACU